CACCAAGUCCCGGUCGAUUCCUUGUGAUUCUUGCUCUCUCCGAAUCACUUUUGCACCUUUAUCCCUACCCUCAACAUCCCGCCAUCUUCCUGCAGAGGACUUUUCAUACUUGCUCCUUUUCAUCCUACAACCAGCAACCGACCUAUUUGCGCCCCCAGCUAGAUUUCCAUCCACCUGAUACCCCUCAAUACGCUUGCGACCAUGGUUGUCGAUACGGCAUACUAUGACAUUCUCGGUGUCCAGCCCACCGCCACCGAUAUCGAAAUCAAAAAAGCCUACCGAAAGCUGGCUAUUGUCCACCACCCGGACAAGAACCCGAACGACCCCUCGGCCCACGAAAAGUUCCAGGAGAUCGGUGAAGCCUACCAAGUCCUUUCCGACAAGGACCUCCGCGCCGCCUACGACAAGUAUGGAAAAGACAGCGCCAAGCCUUCCGAGGGCUUUGCCGAUCCCGCCGAGUUCUUCACAUCCAUCUUUGGCGGUGACGCCUUUGUCGACUGGAUCGGCGAGAUUAGUUUGAUGAAGGACCUGACGGCCACCAUGGAUAUCACGAUGCAAGAGGGCGAGGAAGGUGCCGAUGGCGAAGAAGCUGCCGACGGCGAGUUCCCGGGCACUGAGGAGGCCAAGAAGGAGAGCGCCAAAGCCGCUGCCGCCGCCGAUGCAGAGAAGACUGGCGCGACCGCCCCCGCCGGGUCCUCCACCGCCCCCCCGCCCGCCGUUGUCGUCGAAGACGAGAAGGAGAUCCUCAAGGCACGCGAUGCUGCCGAAGCUGCCGCUUCAGCGUCGGGUGACGCCAACAAAACCAACACGCCCCCUCCCUACGCGGCCAGCGCGCCUCCCCCUUACGAUGCCAAGGCGAGGACACCAUCGCCGAGCCCGUCCGGUACAUCGAAACGUCACCAGAUUCCUCUCCGGCCUGCCCUGAUGGACAGGCCCUCGGAUGAAGUCGGAGUGGGCGCCGAGUCGGAGGAGUCGCUGCGUAAAAAGGAGAAGAAGAAGGGCAACCUUACAAAGGAGCAGCGCGAUCAGCUCGCCGCCUACGACAAGGAGCGUGCCCGUGUGCGACAGGAGCGCGUCGACACGCUCGCCCGCAAGCUGCUCGACAGGAUAAGCGUGUGGACUGAGACGGACAAGGGCGCCGACGUCACCAAGUCCUUCCAGGAAAAGACGCGUCUCGAGGUGGAGAACAUGAAGAUGGAAUCGUUCGGCCUAGACAUCCUGCACGCCAUCGGCCAGACCUACCUCGCCAAGGCGACGGCCCUGCUGCGGAGCCAGAAAUUCCUCGGCAUCGGCGGCUUCUUCAGCCGCGUCAAGGACAAGGGCACCAUCGUGAAGGAGACGUGGAACACCAUCAGCUCUGCCAUCGACGCGCAGCAGACCAUCGAGGAGAUGGCACGCAUGGAGGAGAAGGGUGGCGAGGAGUGGUCCGAUGAGCGCAAGGCCGAGUACGAACGCCGCGUCACGGGCAAGAUCCUCACGGCCGCAUGGCGCGGCUCCAAGUUUGAGAUCCAGAGCGUGUUGCGCGAGGUUUGUGACUCUGUUCUCAACGACAAGAAGGUUCCCCUGGCCAAGAGACUGGAGCGCGCCGAGGCGCUGGUCAUCAUCGGUGACAUUUUCUCCAAGGCCCAACGAUCCCUCGAGGAGGAGGGAGACUAUCUCGUCUUCGAGCAACUCGUCGCCGAGGCAGCCAUCAAGAAGGACAAGGAGUCGAAGAAGAAGGGCAAGAAGAACGCCGCCGCGGCCGAGGUCGCAGAGGACGCGCCCAACGUGCCCAAGCCCGAAAAGUCGUAGAGCGGCGCGUCUGCGCCGAGACGGGCAAGGCGGAGGGAGACGGACGGGACAAAGUAGUUGUGCACGAACGAGAUACCAUACGCCGUUUCUGGCCUUGAAUUCUCCUCUGGGGUCAGGUCGAGGGGGGAAGGGCCGGUUCGGGCCCGUUUACCAAGCACUUUUUUUAGUCUUACCACUUGGAAGAGCGAUAGAUGGACAUUUAUCAAUUUUUUCUUCAUUUUUUGUUUUUGUUCUCCCUUGUUUUCGGGGAGGCUGGCUUGACGGGUGCUCGUCGGAGUGGUCGGGCAAAAACAGAACCCCUCCACUUGCUCUUCUCACUUGGGGCAAACUUUUGGUAGCUGAUC